GGCAGCCCCUCUGGCUCCAGAGAGGGACCAGCACACAAAGUUCUUUAGCUUGGAACAAAAUGAAGUUCCCUUUUGGUUGCUGACCGCUACUGCCCCUGCCCUGCACACUCGGACUCCAGCCUGUCCAAACAAUCCGGGUCCAGUGGGGCCCCGGCAUUCCUAGAGCCUCCGCCUCAAACCCUUUGGGGGCUGGGAAGGCUGCGGGCAGGUCAGCCUCGGGUUCUGCCAGAAAUCACAGCACAAAGAGGUCCCCCUCUGGGCUAAGGCUGGGCGGUGGGGGGUCGCCUUCUGCAGGGGUCCCCGGGGAGCCUGGGAGGGGCCCGGGAGUCUGAGGCCAGAGAUCCCGCCGAUCCUUUCAGCCUCUGGGGCGACCGUGCUCCUCCGCCUCUCCUUCCUCCUCUGCCCGGCCGGCUUCCUCAGGAAGAUCCGCAGGAAAUAGGCGGGAGGCGCUGCUGCGCGGAGGGUCGCGGCCGCCCGACUUCUCCCAGCCGGGCCCCGGGACGAUGGAGCGCCGCUGGGCUCUGCUGUUGCUGUGGCUCGGCCUGCCGGGUCCUGGGCGCGGCUCCCCGGAGCUGGAGCCCGGGGGAAGGCACGUGUGCCCGGCGGAAGAUAGUCUGCCGCCCGCCCUCGUCUGCUGCCCGGGAUGGGAGCAAGUGGGGCCCGAGUGCCCCCUCGCCCUCUGCUUGGGCGCCGAGGCCUGCCAGGAGCGGGAGGUCUGCGUUCGCCCGUCGGUCUGCCGCUGCCGGCCGGGCUUCUUCGGGGCCAACUGUAGCGCCCGGUGCCCGGAGCAGUUCUGGGGCCCAGACUGCAAGCAGAACUGCCGCUGCCAUCCCCACGGCCAGUGCCAUCCAGCCAGUGGAGAGUGCAGCUGCCACCCGGGCUGGUGGGGGCUGCUCUGCCAGUCGGCCUGCCUGUGUGGGAAGCGAGGCCGCUGCCACCCUGUCACAGGCACCUGCCGGUGUGAUCCAGGCUGGUGGGCCCCUGACUGUCGGAGACAGUGCCAGUGCAAUCUCUCAGGCUCCCACUGUGAUCCGGCCACUGGCCGCUGCCUCUGUCAUCGGGGCUGGUGGGGCAGGAGAUGCGCCUCUCUCUGCAGCUGCCACGGAUCGCCUUGUGCCCAGGAAUCUGGGCGAUGCGAAUGCACGGAAGGGUGGUGGGGGCCGGCCUGCCAGCACCUGUGCCAGUGUGCGCACGGCCUGUGCGCACCUCAGGAUGGACGCUGCACCUGUGAUGCUGGCUACAGAGGCCCCAGCUGCACAGAGCCCUGCCAGGGGGGGACUUACGGACCCCAGUGUGCCCACAGCUGCGGCCACUGCAGGAACCAACAGCCCUGCUCCCCCGUGGAGGGGGCCUGCCUGGCCUGUGACCCUGGCUGGAAUGGGACCCACUGCCGGCAGCCGUGCUCUCUGGGGCUGUAUGGAGAGAACUGCACGCAGCCGUGUCCCCGCCACUGUCGCCAGGGAGAGACUUGCCAUCCACAAACAGGACGAUGCCAGAACUGUGAGGCUGGAUUCGUGGGGGCCAGGUGCGAGGCCCCCUGUCCCCUUAGCUUCUUUGGAGAGGCCUGCCAGUCCCCUUGCCCCGACUGCUUCCACGGGAGCUGUGAUCCUGCCUCCGGGACCUGCCUCUGCCAGCCUGGCUACUGGGGCUCCAGCUGCAACCAGACCUGCCCGGAAGCCUUCCAUGGCCCCAAUUGCUCCGCAGCCUGUCCCUGUACAGGGGGACCGUGCCACCCCCUCACUGGGGACUGCCAGCAGGGAGUCCAAGGCCGGGGGGCCCUCCUGGCAGGCAUCCUGGGCCCCCUCCUGCUCCUGAUCCUGCUGGGCUGCUGCUGCUGGUCCCACGGCCUCCAUGGGGCAGCCUCGGUGGAUGGGGUGCCAGGGGCCGAGCGGGAUCGCCUCCCUCCAGCGAAGCAUCGCCUGAUGGCCCUGUUGCCCAGCAUCCCUUCCAGCUUUCCCUGCUUCUCACGAGGGGGCUCCAAGCUUCCACGGGUGACAGUCACCCACCGAGACCCGGAGGCGCCCUUCAACCCCAGUUUCAUUGAACCAACAUCUGCUGCCUGGCCCUCGGACAGCUCCUUCUGCUCCUCCUCCUCCUCCUCCGAGGGAGUCAACAAAGAAAGGGGGGGCUGCCAAGGGCCGCAGUCUGCUCUCCCCCCCAGUGAAGCCUUGCCAGAGGGCAGCCUUCUCCCCGAGGCAACAACGGUGCACCCCUCACCCUUUGCCAUCCCUCGCACCUCCAGCAUCGCCAAGGGCAAGCGGCCCUCCGUCUCCUUUGCAGAAGGGACCCACUUUGGCCCUCAGAGCCUCAGGGCCCCCCCAGAGGCCCUCAACCCUGCCCAGAAGCCAACGGCCUCUGAAAGCUCAGUCCAAGGUGCUCCUCCUCUGCAGGGGGCCUCAUGCCACUCCCUGGGCAGAAGCUGCUACGAGAACAUGGCACCAACUCCCUGGGAGGACAGUGGCUGGGCCUCUGCAGGCCACCAUCCCAGAGGUCACAGGAGCUGGGCUGGUGGCCCCCGGCCCCUGGCGCAGAGACCGGAGCCCCCAGAGGCAGCCGCUGUGGAAGCUUGCAUCCAUGAGCCCAGCAUCACCACCAUUUAUGUGACUGUGGGCCAAGUUGGAAGGGGCAACAAAGACCCUCGGCUGGCUGUCCCGCAGCAUUGGGGGAGUGGGCAGCAGGAGGCCACCUGGCCAAGGAGCCUAAAGAAGCUGCCGAGGAAGUUGGCCGCAGAGACGGGCCCUGGCAUGGCUGAAGUUCAAGACCUGCUGGCUCCUGACAAGAAGGUGGAAGGUGGAGGGACCAGUAGCAGCCUGGACCCAUGACUCCCCUGGAGGGCUCAGCUAGGGGAGUAAACGUGCCCUGCCUCUGGGUUUGCCCCAGGAGCCCAGCUGUGUCCAGCAUCUUCCCACAAACAAGGGAGGAGCGAAGCUUCAAGGGGUCCUGCGUGGAGGAGGCCAAUUCUGCCGGGCCCCAGAAGGGAUUGGGCCCCUAACCUUCAAUCUUUUUGGAGGCUGCCCUCACCACUGGAAACACUUGAACCCGGAGCCUGACGCCCUAUGGAGCCCUUCCUUUCCCUUCUGCUCAGAAAAGAGUCUUUGGCAACAGUCUGGCAUCCGGAUAGAUGCUUCUUUGGGCAUCUCUCAGUCACUGCGUUGCACUGAUCAGACAACUGGCCUGGAACUGCGGGCACCUGCCUCCCCUGCUGCCCACAGCUGGGCUCUUUUGCCCGUGGGCACCCAGCCUUGGAAGGAUCUGGGGAAGGAACUGCCAGUGGUGGCCAGCAGGGGGCGGUUGCCUCUUGCUGGUCUGUGGCAGCCAACGGUGGUUUAUGGUUAACUAAACCGUGGUUUAUAAUUUAUGGCUCACUAAAUGUUGGAUUACU